GUGCCACAAGCAAGAGACGACUUUUUGGAGAGCGGAAAUCCCGAAAGAACAUUUAACGGAAAUUUAUUUCGCUGUAAAUUCAAUUCGGAAAAACAAGCCAAAAGAAAAACGUGAAAGUAAAUAAACAAACAGCAAGAGAGGGGGAGAGAAACAAACAACAACAGCAAGGUGAAGAGACCUUCUUGAGCGAAUUUUGCAGGUAAUUCCAGAAGUCGGUUUUCCAGAUCUACAAACAUGGGCUGUGCCACGACCAGCGUUAAGAUCACCUCCAUUAUACUGAAUGCCAUUUUAGGGCUUCUGGCAUUGGGCUCCAUUGGAUGGAUCGCUUACAAUGCGGACACCGAGAGCGAGGAGUUCGUCAUCGCCGCCUAUGUGGCCUGCUCGCUGAUCCUCGUGUUCGCCAUGCUGGGCAUCGUGGCGGCCAUCCGAGAGUCGGUGGCCCUGACUGCAACGAGUGCCGUGUUCCUGCUGGUACUGGCCAUACCGCAGAUCGUGAGCACCUGCAUGCUGCUGCAUCAGUACGAGGUGCAAAGUGGACAGGAGACGGUGGAGGUGGCUUGGCAGGCCAACAACAUGGACGCACUGCAGCAGAAGCACGAGUGCUGCGGCAAGAGCAGCGCCCAGGACUAUGUGCAUCUUAACCAGCUUAUCCCGCCCAGCUGCUACGCCGAUCUUCAGCAGACCACCGACCACCUCUUUCUAGAGGGCUGCAUCGAGAAGGUGCAGAGUUUCUAUGAGAGCGACAAGCAGCGCUUCAUCAUUGUGUCCUGGGUUCUGGUUGCAUUCGAGUUGCUCUGCUUCGUCCUGGCCGUCUUUCUAGCCAUUAGCUUCCGCAACAAGCAGCGCCGCCUGCAGUUCUAGGAUGGCCCAGAAUCGACCUGAUCCCACAGUACAAAUGCUUCGGACUUUGGGUCUCUCAAGUAAUUCCCGCCUAGGCAUUUCAUUACAAACAUAACAACAACAAAAACCAAAGUCAUUCAUUAUUUACUCGUACCUAAACCUUUCCUCUAAUUAAGUACAUCAUAUAGUCCAAUUAUCCAUUAUAAUUAUCGAAAUAAAUGUGUCUGUGUCUGUUUAAAAACGUUUCA